AUGACAUUCAAAUUGACAGCAAAACCGGUUACGAGAGCACAACUACCCGAGGAUGAAAAUAGCGUCAUUGACGUAGCGGAAUCCCUGUUUUCGGACUUUUCCAAGAAAUGGAAAGAAGGCAAGUGUUACAAGCACAAGCUCGCAUUUAAUCCGACUCUCGAUGGUGAUGAGGUUGCUGUGCAAUCUUAUAGCGCAAAUUUCGAAGGAGAGUACUGGCUUUGUCGCUCUAGCACGCAUCAUUUGAGACAAGAAACGUAUGUAGCAAUGGUUCGGGAAUUAAAUGGCAGUAUACGCGAGUCUCAAGACCAAUGGAGUCUUCCAACGCGUUCUUUUCGAUCUCAGCGUGAAAUAGAUUACAUUGAGACGCUCACUAAAGUCGACGUUCUCGAGACCACGGAAAGUGGCUGGGUUCUGGUGAACCUCGAGUACGAAUUAGGAAAGCCGCUUACAACAAGAGAGUUCAACGAAUGGGUGUAUCCUGUUAAACCGUACAAACUGGCAAACGGGAAAGAACGCUCAAUGGUCAUUACAGUGGCGGCCGAUGCUCCGCUGCGGGAUCCCGUUGCCCACACGCAUGCGGUGUUUUCAAGUGUGGAAUUACUUGAAUACGACUAUGCGACGGAAACGCUCAAAUGGACCAUGGGAACGGCCAGUGACGCGGGCGGAAACGUACCCAAAUGGGUUCAGAACACCAUGAUCGCCAAAACGGUCUCCAAGGAUGUUAGCUUCUUUUUUGAGUGGCUAGGCAAAAACGACCAGGAAUCCAAUCUGUAA